AUGAAAUGGGAUGUUUUAUUUCUAGUGACUGUUGCUGAUUAUGCCGAUGCCGACCCAGCCGUUGUGAAGUCAGGGAGGGUGAAAAAGGCUGUCGCGAAUGCAGUUGUCAAAGAAGUGAAAUUACUCUGUGGUCUGGAAGCAUCCCAAGGCGUUGUAGAGGAAGUCCUCUCCUCUGUAGUGAGUGUCGAAACAGAAGCUUUGGACAGCAGUGAUGACCUGGACCCUGAAGAAGACGGGGAAAAUGAAUAUAAAGUGGCUCACAAGAAGAAAAACAAAAGAAGAAAGGAGAGCAGUGAGAGCAGUGAUGGUGAGGAGUAUCCAGUAGAUAUUUGGUUAGUGCUCUCCUCCUAUAUUCGGCCAGAGGACGUGUGCAGGUUUGCAUUAAUCUGCAGAAAUGCUUGGACAGUCACUUGCACUGCAGUGUUUUGGACCAGGCUUUAUAGAAGACACUAUAGUAUUGAUGUGGAUCUGCCAUUUCAUCUCCAACCAGACUCCGUUCACAUGAUGCACUGCCUACGGGCACGUGUCAUUCGCUCCCUUUUCCAUUUGUAUGAACCGUUCAGCUUGCGUGUCUCUAAAAUCCCCUCUCUGCCAGAAUCGACACCCACAACUGUGCUCAACUCUAAGUGUUUACUCUUCUGGGUCCAAAAGCUGUCAGGGGCUCGUUCAGAGGCAUUAUGGGAGUUCAACUUCAAGUUUAUGAAGCAGCAGAGCCACAGUAAAAAUGGCUGUGUGCAGUCGUUGCGCUCGCCCAGACAAUACAAAGAUGUCCACACAAACCCGGACUCUGACUGCUAUUUGCUCCAAGUCACCACACUCAACUUCAUCUUCAUCCCCGUGGUCAUGGGCAUGACACUGACCCUGUUCACAAUCAACGUGAGCACAGACAUGCGGCACCAUCGCGUCCGCCUGCUCUUCCAGGAUUCUCCGCUCCAGCGGGGGAAGAAGAGGGGGGAUCAGGGCGGCACACAGGUGGUGUUGGAUCCCGUGCACAGUGUGAGGCUCAUGGACUGGUGGCAUCCACAGUACCCCGUUGUGUUUUCCAUGUAGACCUUUUCUCGGUCCCCGCUGCAGAAAACUUUCACUCCAAGGACUCCUGCUCUUAACAUCAUCCCUCUCAUCCCAACAAAGAAGAACGCCAAUGGAAGAUUCUGCAAAACCUCUGAUGUUCAAUGACUAGGGUUGCAAAUUUCUGGGAAUUUUCAAAAUGGGAAACUUUCCUUAAUGGAAGUUUAUGGGAAUAAACUAGAAAUUGAAGUGAA